AUGACGUGGAAGAAUAAGGUAGUGCUUUCGUGCAUCUUAAGGCCGUCACUCCUUACUGUGGUGCUGUUUCUUCAACAAACAACUUCUAAUUGUGGGUAUAAGAUAUAUAAAGAUGGCGACGUGAUGGUCGGUGGUCUCCUUAACAUCCACUAUUCUGAAACCGGUGACCAAUGUAACAGGCUUUCUACCAUAGGACUAGGAAACGCAGAGGCUAUGAUCUACGCCAUUGAAAGAAUUAACAAGAAUUUCACUCUUCUACCGAACGUGACGAUCGGCUACGACUUAAGAGACUACUGUCGAAGCCAAGAAUUGGCCAUGCAGAUAGCCUAUGACUUCAUGCGUGAUGGUGAUCCAGUGUGCAUGUCUAAUCAAGACGUCAGCUCCACUCCAAAUGGCUACGUUGCAAAGAACAGAACUAAGUCCAUCACUUCACUUGUUGGACCUUUCAAUUCGGGAAGUGCGGUACUGGUAGGAAGCCUUCUUCAAGUUUCCGAUAUUCCCGCCAUCAGCCCGAGUGCAACAAGCGAUGAUUUGAGUUCGCAAAUGUAUAAGCACCUCUUCAGAACAGUUCCACCCGACCACUGGCAAGCAGAGGUCAUGGCAGAUAUCAUAGAACUUUUUAACUGGACAUACGUCGCGACCGUGGGUUUGGAUGAUUCUUAUGGCCGAAACGGUAUUUCGGCCCUGGAGAAAGAAUCCUUCGACCGAAAAACAUUUUGCAUCGCGUUUUCUGAGUAUAUUCCACGGCUAGGAAAUGGAAAUAAAAUAAAGCAAACUGUUCUCAAGAUUAAAAGAAGGUCUGAAAUCACAGUGAUCAUUGUUUGGCUUUCUGGCGGUUACGGAAGUGCAUUUUUUGCAGAAGCAACUGCGCAAAAUCUUGAAGGAAAGACUUGGAUACUUAGCGACGCACUGACCGUGGGAGAGGCAGUAUUUCUUAGCACUCACUUCACAAUUCUAAACGGCUCGUUGGGAGUAAAGCCACGUGACUAUCCCACUCCCGAAUUUGAAAAGCACCUUAAGAUGAUUACCCCUGCCAAAAGCAUUGAAAGAGGCGCAGACUGGUGGGAAGAGUUCUGGAGAUUACAAUUCAACUGUUCAGCCUUGAAAUCCAGUGACCCUGGGGUCGCACCUUGCGAAGCAAAUCUAACGUUACACCACGCAGUACAAAAGAUUCGCGGCUCCUUUGUUUCUUAUCUCAUUGACGCUGUAUAUGCUACUGCACAUGCCCUUGAUAACAUUUACCGCUGUUCUGCUACUAUGCAUAAAAGAGGAAUGUGUCCUGCAGUCAAGCCGACUGUCAAGGGACGUGAUUUGGAGAAAUAUCUCAGAAAUAUUAGUUUUGACGGCUUGACUGGCAAGGUGAGAUUUGACAAGUUUGGAGAUCCUUUAACUGUUUUAUACGACAUUAUAAACUUCCAGCUUGACUCAACCACAGGUAAGGCUCGAAAUAAUAUUCGGGUCGGAUCUUGGAACAAAAAUAUGACGCCUAAACUCAAGAUAGAUUUGUCCAGGCUACGAUGGAGAACUCUCUACACCCCGUUAUCCUUCUGUUCAUCAGAAUGUUUGCCAGGUACCAGGAGGGAAUUCACGUCGCUAUGUUGCUGGAACUGUGUAAAGUGUCCAAAGGGAACUGUCAGUACUGAGAACGGAUCCACCAAUUGCUCAAAAUGUGACUCGGAGACAAAAUCAAACAAAGAGCAAAAUAAGUGUCAAAAAUUACCGAUCAUCAACAUCACGCACACAACCGCCGCUGGAAUCGCGAUAACCUUGAUGGCUUCGAUCGGGGUUAUUCUCACGUUGUUACUUUGCGGCACCUACAUCAAGUUCUACAACACUCCAAUCGUCAAGGCGUCUAACAGAGAGAUCUCUUUUUUGCUGCUCGUUGGAAUCUUAUCUCUCCAUUUAUUAGCCGUCCUCGACCUUUCUGAACCCAGCCAUUCACUUUGCACCGCAGCAUCUUUCUGGCGUUAUUUUGCUCUCAAUCUUUGUAUCACGGUGCUCUUUCUGAAAACAAUGCGAAUAACAAGCGUUUUUGAGGUUGAUAAAGUGGCGCAGUUGUUUGCUCCCUGUUACAAAACCUUAACUAGACAAAGUGUGUUCCUUUCUGUCAUGAAUUUAGCCCCCCUUUGUUUAUUGGUCCUCUGGAUUUUUUUGGACUCUCCGAGGCGUAAAAAGAUCAUUCGCUUGGAUGAGUACGUCUUUCUUGUGUGCAAACCUUUUGAAACAAACGUCGGCCUUGUACUCUUCGUCUCGGUCUGUGCUUACACAUUACUUGUGGCUUUCUUGUGUACGUAUUACGCUUUCAAAGCACGAGGAAUUCCCGAUAACUUUAACGAGACAAAAUACAUUGCCUUCUCCAUGUACAUUUUACUGUUGUCAUCAAUUGUAUAUUACCCUGUGGCGUUUACUACGUUUGAAAGCUGGUACGUAACACUAGUGUCUUGUUUAACGACAUUAAUAACUUCGUUUGGCUUGUUAGGAUGCAUGUUUGGACCCAAAAUAUUCAUUCUGCUUUUCCAUCCCAAAAAGAACACUAUGGAAAGCGUCAGGUCGCAGGUGACGAAUUUCUGUUUUAGUAAUGUAACAGUAAGCAGUGUUUUCCCUGCACAAUUCAACGGAGGAGUACCUAACGCUUCUCUGUGA